AUGUUGAUUGUCCAACGCGAAAUGGCGAGCGUGCUAAGCGGCCCGUUAAUGUUAUCGGCGACUCUCAUGUGGGGCCGUACGGCUAUUUCGAUCAAUCGCGGACAUGAUUACGUAGACGUGUUUGACACAGGAUAGAUUUUGGUGAAUAAUGGCGGCUGAAGUCAAAGGAGGCAGUGAGUUUCCGGCUCACUAUAAAGUCAUGAUGGACAAACUCAAUGAGCAGCGACAGUUGGACCAGUUCACAGACAUCACCUUGAUUGUAGAUGGGCACCAGUUCCGAGCACAUAAGGCCGUGUUGGCAGCCUGCAGUCAGUUUUUUCACAAGUUCUUCCAGGAUUUUACCCAGGAACCCCUGGUGGAGAUUGAAGGAGUGAGUAACAUGGCGUUCCGGCAACUGAUGGAGUUCACGUACACUGCCACGCUAGCCGUCGCAUGCAAAGAAGAAGCCUUUGACGUCUGGAAGGCCGCUGAAUACCUCCAGAUGCAGGAAGCCAUCAAGGCACUUUCUAACAAGAUAAGCGACAGUCCUUCAGUCUUUCCCAAGAGCAAUAGUAAAAAGAGGAAGAUUGCCGAGACGUCUUGCGUCAUCACUGAAGCACUACCCACAGUGGAAGAAGAACAGGUGGAGAUAGCGAUGAUAACGGACAAUGCAAUCGAGGUGGAGGACUCCGGGCUAGAGGAGGUGGUGGACGCCGCAAAGAACGCCCAAUCAAACGAAUCCGCGUUGGCUCUGCUUGCAGACAUCACGAGCAAAUAUCAGCAAGGGGAACCUUCACAACAGGUACAGGAAGUCCUAUAUCAGGAAGAAAUGGUGACUGCCUCUAAGGUCCUGGAGAACGUGGAGGUGGUGGAGGUCCAGAUUUCCGAAGUGGACAACUCGUUCCGCUGUAGCCAGUGCGACCGAACCUUUAAGAUGUACUACCACCUCAAACAGCACCUGAAAACGCACCUGGGCCUCCUGAAGAAGCCGCACGUGUGCAGCCACUGUGGCAAAGCCUACUCGCGGGAGGGUGCCUUGAAUCAGCAUUUGAGCUCCUUCCAUUUUGAUGUGGAAGAGCAGGCCCAAAACCAGAAAGCUUCAAAGAGAGUUCACGUUUGCGAGUACUGUAAGAAGCACUUUGACCACUUUGGACAUUUUAAGGAGCACCUACGGAAGCAUACUGGUGAAAAACCAUAUGAGUGUCCAGACUGCCAUGAACGAUUUGCAAGGAACAGCACACUCAAGUGCCAUAUGGCGGCCUGUCAGAACGGGGCCGGAGCCAAGAAAGGAAGAAAGAAGCACUAUGAAUGCCAGGUAUGCAGCAGUGUGUUCAACAGCUGGGAUCAGUUCAAAGACCACCUCGUGAGCCACACUGGAGACAAGCCCAACCAUUGCACCAUGUGCGACUUGUGGUUUACCGACCCCCAAGAGCUCAAGUCACACCUCAAAGACGUUCACGCCAUCGAGGACGAAAAGCCCACCGAGGAGCUGGUCGUCACCGACACAGCAGCGAGCGCGGCGCUCACCAUCACCACGCAGAACAUCGAGACCACAGAAACGGUGCUGCUGGACGACGGCAUCCAGGUGGAGCACGUCACGGUGAACCCCGUUGAGGUGAUCGAGAUGGAAGAGACGACGACGGUGGUGGUGGAGGACGGCGGGGUGGCGGAGAUGUGCGAGGAGGAUGUGGAGAGACUGAAGCAGGCCGGCGUGCAGAUCCAGAUGCUGCACGUGGCCACCGGCGAGGUGGACGGGCAGCAGGUGAGCCACUCUCAGGUGGAAGUGGAGUUGGACGGGGAGAUGAUAAGCAUGGAGGAAACCAUACAAGCGGUGAUUGUAUGAAAACGUGAGGGAGCCGUGAAAACUCUGCAUGAAGGAUACCCAACACCUUCGUCCUAUUUUUAUUUUAUUUUCUAUCAUCAAGAUCGACCUUCCUCAACUCUGAAAAUGGACAAAGAUGUAGAUUUGCCUUGUAUUUAAUUUAAAGUUGAGCCCUGAGUGCGCUUGCUUUUUUUUUUUUUUUUGCACUCGUCAAAAUGAUUUUGUUCAAUAUCUGCUGAUGUUCCUCAGUGAUCAUGGCACAAUUUUGUUCAAACUAAUGAGUUAUUUUUUGUAAAAACGGGAAUAAACUGUGUAACAAACAACUGUUACAUGAUGCGCAGAUUUUUCAUCGGAACAAUUGCACGUUACAAAACCAAAUGCGUCACGAAAAGUAUAAAUUGUAUACUGAAAUUAAUGAUCUGGUGUCAUUUGCUCAGUGAAAUAUGGAACUUUUUAAUUGACCGCAAAUUUUUUUUCUCCUGUAUGAAUGGCA